AUGUCGCUGGUUCAUAGGAGUCCAACAAGGGAUGCAGAGCCUGACUUAGAUAUGUAUUUGACCAGGGUGGAGCAAUUAGACUCCCUCAAAGGUUAUUCCAGCAGUCAUACCGAUUUACGAUAUGAUGGACUUUAUGAUGACAGUAGAACUAAAAAUCACAGCCCAGAUGAUAUACGAAAGGCACAGCUGCUUUUAGAUGGAGUUUAUGAACGGAACAUUAGUGAUCUAGGAGAAAAUAGGGGGAGAUUGAACGAUCUUGCAUAUAAAUCUGCAUAUAACUACGAAAGGGCAUUUUCUCCGGUACGGAAAAAAGGCAUUACGAACUAUGGUUAUUCUAUUUUACCGCAAUCCAAUGUAUCUGCAAAUGUAUUUGCCAUGAAACAGAAGCCCGUGCGGUUUGACAGCAUUAGUGGGGAAGAAGCGCGAAGAGAAUACGUUGUAUCAGCAGAAGACUACCAACUACUCCAAGCAGUUAAGCGAAGUUUGGCUAGUGAGGUUAGUACUGGUUCGUUGGUCAAUGGUGGCUUACGCUCUUCUAAUACAAGUACUGAAACCAAAGUUGGCGAUCUCUUGGCCGAUCCCGUGAGAUUCGACAAGGACGUUGAUCCUCAGCCGGAGGCUACUACCGUCAGAACCACAUCUCCGAUGCCGUCAGUGCAAGUGCUACUGGAAAGUCCCAAAUCACCUCCCAAAUCACAGCCCAAGGAACCAGUUAAAGAACCAGUCACAGAAUCAACUAAAGCGCCAAUUAAAACGCCAAUUAAAGCCCCAGCUACUGCGCCAGCCAGGCAGAAUACCCAAGAAAGAUCCACCAAACAUCUCUAUACCCUUCCCAAGAGUCAACCUCAACCCUCCAGUUCUCUUGUAGGUGGUAAAACGCCGCCAAAGGUGCCCCGUAAGAAGAUUCAACUAACAUAUCUUGAAUCACUGGAAAGAAGCAGACUCGGUAGUAGCAGCACUCACCAUGAUGUUCCACGAACUCCCAUACGAAAGACAACCGGAUAUGAUCCAAUUACCUCUGUUUUGAAAAAGAAUGCCUCCUCUGUUGAACGCAGCGUUUCAAAGACCAUCAACGGUACAGGAAAGAAAGUAGGUAAAGCUGAUUUUAUGUCAUCCGUCCUAAAACGGGAACCGUCGGUGGUUCAGAACUACGGCAGAAAUCUGAGACAACUUCCAGUCAACCACGAAAGCUCAAUUGAAUUGAUGGCUUCUGCUCUGAAAACCACUGGCACCCCAUCCCGUCAGGCCACCAUUGCGCCGCCGCCUAUCCCUCCAAAACCAAGGAACCUCUCGUUGGCUGCCAAGGAGGAGCCCGAUUUGGAAGACAUCCUAAAACAAGUUCAUCUGAACAAAGUUCAAGAGCCGCCCAAGGUGAAACCCCUAAUAUCGCCAAAAAAAGGCGAGUUGUUUGUCCCCAAGCUCAGAUCUGUGAAGACGAACAAGGCUGCUCCAUCCAAUAAAGAAAUUGACCUCCCAGAGCUAAAACCUGUGGUGCGUCAGCAAAAAAGAGACGCGUCCACACCUGAGGCUUUGGCUGCAAUAUCAACUCUCAAGCCUGCUCCACAAAUUAUUGCCGCUCCUUCUCCUACCCCAGAGGCACUCUUAAAACUUUCAUCUCUAAACAAGACACCUGCUGCACCAGAACCGGAGCGGGUCAUCCCUGAAGCACUAGUACGAGCUACUCAGCUACAAAAAGCCACCCCAUUAGCAAAAAGGAUUGACUCGAUACCAGAAGCUCUCAAGAAAGUUCAAGAACUUGGAAUUAGCCAGAGUACCCCACGCACUUUAGCUUCUUCACGUCAAGAGAGCUUAGGUCAUCCUACAAAGAUAAGACCCCGUGGACCCCCCAGGCGGCUACCAAGUAAUGUAGCGACCUGA